UCUUUAUUUUCAAAUAACAGAAUAAUAUGGGAUUUGCGAGAGCGUUUGUAUGUAUUCUUCUUAUUCUUGGCCAAUCUAAAGGAGGAUACAUUGAGGAUAUCACCAUUAUCGGGGCCGGUAUUGGCGGUACCUACACAGGAUGGAGGCUAAGAAACAAAGGCCUCCGGAUAGGUAUUUAUGAAUACUCUAAUCGUGUUGGAGGCAGGAUGUAUACCAGAACUUUUCCAGAUGCACCUGACCUUCCUGUUGAUUUUGGCGCCAUGCGACUAAGGCCUGCAAACCACCUAAGGAUGAUUAAAGCUGGCAGCGAAUUAGGAUUAACAUUUGUACCUUUUGUUGAGGAAAUGGGACGGAUUCCCGAACGCACACGCCUUUACCUACGAAACACCCACCUAUCUAUUCCUGAGCUAGGGAUGUCAAGAACCCCUUACAGGCUCAGGCCAGAGGAAAGAAGAAAUCCCUCAGAAUUACAAAGUUGAGUAUAAUAAAGGUCAUUAUCUGAAUGGUUUACAAACUAUAACGGCUCUGAUCCAAAUACAGAACUUUUUACUGCCGUCACUCUUAGAGAUGGAAUACCUUUAUAUUACCAGAGCUAUAAAGAAGUCUUACGAAAAACUGGAAUUAGCAAUGAGGCAUACAAUUACAUAUUUGACAACAAUUUAUUCCAAUUUGGUUUUGGUGAUGACCAAAGCAUUGUGCGAUUCCCACGAACAAGACGAGGGUUCGAAGAGAACGCAAUUCCCACUGGACUUCCACGGGUGGUAUCUGUUCCCACAGGAAUGGGUUCAUAUCCAUUAGGAUUUAUGAGACGAUUUCUAUCAUGGAACCGGAGAAGACACCAGUAUCACCCAAACAACCAACUAAUUAAAAUAUCCAAAAUACAAAAAGGACUCUACCGACUGAUAUUUAGAAGAACAAGAACGAUCAAUGGCCAAACUAUUCCUACGAAGAUUUACUUCAGGAUAAUCACACGUAAUAUAAUACUAGCCUUACCAAAGAUAGCCAUUCAACGGAUUCAGAUGCCAAACUCAAACAAUCCUAUUUUUCAGUCGGCACUAAAUUCGAUAAUUGAUGUUCAAGCAUCAAAGAUUUUUCUUGUGUACGAUUAUCCUUGGUGGCUUAAUGAGCGAUACAAUUUCACGUUUACCCAUGCAGAUCUUCCGUACAGGCAGUCUUUUCAUUGGGGGCUUUCUCGCACUGGUAAGGCGGUUUUUCUCAUGUCGUAUGCUGACUUUGACGAUGCAGCGUUUUGGAGUCAUCUGCAAUGUAGAGGUAAUGUCAUUAGCAAAAGGAAUGAUGAUACUCGGGUAACCGACGAAGUUAUACGACACGCACAUAGCCAGAUUUCCAAAGUUUACAAAAUAGACUCCAGAUAUCUUCCUGCCCCUGUGGAUGGAAUGAUGUUUGUUUGGGACAAGUAUCCCUAUAAUGGGGGAUGGGUAUCUUGGAAACCUGGAUCAAGAUGGUACGACAUCAAAAACUAUCUGACAAAGCCAUUUCCUCAAGACAAUAUAUUCAUUGUCCAUGGUUACUGGGGGGCGGAACAUAACGGUUGGGGAGAGAGUUCGUUGGAGGCGGCUGAUGAAGUAUUAACUUACUUUGGUGUUCCAUCUUAUCUUUCUAAUACCGCUAAAUAGCAUAAAUAAAAUAAAAUAUAUGUGUUGUUCUUUUUUGUUUGGGGUGAUAUCGUGUUAUGUGUUAAUAGCUUUCAAGAAAAUUAAUGCAACAUUCUAUUUGCUGAGUCAGCGAUGCAAAUGCAACUUCUUAUGGACAACUUCAAUUGAAAG